AUGAGGCGAAUCUUGAUUUCGCUGCUUGCGACAGCCGCUUUCCCUCUCCUAACGACCCAACAGACGCUCGACCCUUUGAGCAUCAUCGUAUCUGAGGCCUUUUCUGUCUAUACAGAAGUCAACUCACUUCUGUCUUCCGCUGCUUCGGCUGUCUCAGCAGCAGCAGGGUCCGCGGUCUCUACGGCGGGAACUUCGUCCCCGGAUGCGGCUUCUUCGAGUACCAUUGCGCAAUAUACCGCAAGCUCAAAUGACGCGACAUCAAGCGAAAGUUCAGGACUUUCAGAUACGUCUUCAACUUCGACUACGUCCGCACCGUUCAUCUCAACUUCGAAUCCUUCAGCCUCAACUACCUCUUCACCAAUUUUUUUCGGAUCCACUCCUUCGAGUACGCCGAAUGCCAGAUCCUCUACUCCUUCCGGAAGUUCAUCAUCCAUUACAUAUCCAACGAGGACAUCUCCAGUAAUAGGUACAUCUUCAGUACUAGGGGCCGCCGCUGGGACUGAAACAAGCACAUCCUCACUCGCAAAAUCGAGACAAGACUCCGAUCUUCCUAUUAUCCUUGGCUGUGUUCUAGGAGCCCUGGCACUCGGGUUCUGUAUUUUGGCCUUGGUCCUUUGCUUCAAACGCCGGCGACUCAGCUCGUCACCUCGCCAUUCCGCCCUCUCCGCUGGCGAUGAUGAAGUUGAGAGCUGGAGGGUGAAUCGACCAUCAGUUUCAGGUGCAAGUCAAGAUCCACUGCAUCGUGGUAUACACGCCGCAGGAGUCGCACCCCUCAUGUCCGAACAUCCUGCCUUUCGCACGUCUCAAGGCUAUGAGAACCCAUUUGUUCCUGUACCUCCACCACCAAGACGCACGGCUCCCAAUUCUCGACCUGGUUUGACCGACGGCAUGAUCCCUGGAGAUGACCCUUUUGUGAAGGAGAUCGGUAAACCGUCCAGGUCUGAAAGUAUAUCGUCAACCUAUAGCACGCAUCAUGUGGGUGGCAUUGCAGCGGGGAUCGCGGCGGCAGCAGCUGGAGCCGACCUCAUGCAUUCAUAUGACCGUCAUCCUGAUGAGAACGAGCCAAUGGUGAGCCCUGUGCCAGCGAGCGAUCGAACUGUUCCCGCGCAAAUCACCCGCAAGCCUGUCCCGGUCCACUACGCCAACAACAGCGAACCAUGGCCUUACUCCCCCGUCUCACCCAUCGAUCCUGUCGCCGAAAAUGCCGGCUUCAUGGCAUCUCCAAGGAAAAGUAGCGGCGAGAGCGGCCCAAGCCUCAGUCGCGAUCCCGCCAGAGCGAACACCGUGUUCGAUCAAGAUUAUGCACCUCACGGUGGUGCUCUCGGGCAGGAUGACCAUGGACUUGGAGCUGCUACGGGAGGAUCUGAUGCCGGGCCUGUUGGCGUUGCAGCUCUUGGCUAUUGGGAUAACCGUGGUUCCCAUCGAUCGCGAAGCCGAAGCAGCAGUAGCAAGCGGCACAGUCGGCCCACAAUGGCCUUGCCCAAUGAUGGACUCGAGAGAGGCGGGAGGACGUCCAGGGACCAUGGGAGCAGCCAAGCCUAUAAGGAUGUUCUCCCUCAAAAAUCAUAUGACGGCAGCCUUCCAGGCGAACACGACCCAUUCAGGGCCUCUGCGGCCCCACCUCCUCGCUCUCGACGCAACAGUGCUUUUGGACCUGCGCACCCUGGCGCGGUGGCUUUCAACGGUGCCAACCGACCUGUCGUACCAUCUCCGCUGUCUAGCGAAGUGCCCCGCGAUCCGAGCUAUUCGCCUCCGCGAAGCCGGGCGCGAGGUCUGAGUGGGAGUUCGUCACGGUUCUCAUUCUCCUACGAGCCUGUAGCCGAUGAUUAUGGUGCCUACCCACCCUUUUCUAUCACGUCCAGUAACUUCGACCGUGGCAAGACGGGACAAGACAAGAUUCCUACGGACCAGAGCACCAGCGACCUCACCCGUCCUGGUGUUACGAACGCCAACGAGUAUGUCUUGACAGCCACCUCAGGUCCGUUAGGGCCUCAGCCGCAUAUUGAAACUCUACCCUCCAGCUCUGGGGACAGAAAAGCAGCGAUGGAUACCGAUGACGCGCCAUGGCGGAUGAGCGACGGGAUGCCGGCUGGUUGGCAGCGCACCAGCACAGACAGUCCUCGCAACAGUCGGGAGCACAUGAGGAAUCGCGAUUCAGGGGUGAGCAUGGGAACCGGAGCGGGACUGGGAGGCCGAAGAGGGCGAAGGUUGCGGGCGAGUGACUUAGCGGGUUCAUCGACCGCAAGGCCAGGGAUCAAUGACGACGGAUACGGCUACGGCUACGGAUAUGGCUAUGGACAGGCGCUCUGA